AGUCAAGUCACACCAAGUGGAAGCGAAGAUUCAACCAAUGUAAUCUUGUGCAAGUGAAUGAUGACGACAUCAAAAGUAGUAAUAAUAAUAAUAUUGUAAAGAUCAAUAAUGGCUAAAGGUGACAUAAAGAAGGUGAUGAUCAUCAUCUAAAGAACACAGAGACACUCCAUUGAUGUCGAAAUCAACAGCUCUCAUCUUCCUAGUCACUGCUCUGUCUUACUUCCUCUUCUCAACUCCCCCACCAAAACCUCACCACUACCACACACUCUUCCUCUCAUCUUCCUUCUCCGACAACGCAUCCAUCGCCUCAAACCUCCGCGCCCUCACGCGCCUCCCCCACAUCGCCGGCUCAGCAGCCAACGCCGAAGCUGCAGCAUACGUCCUCUCCGUCUUCACCUCCUCCUCUCUCAAAUCCCACCUCGUCUCUUACCAAGUAUCUCUAACGUACCCAGUUCAUCGCUCCCUCGUACUAACAACAACACCCAAAGACUCAGCAAACCCGACAACGACGACUUUCGCUUUAGAACAAGAACAUGUCGGAGACAACCCUCACGCAGACGAAGUCACGCCCACGUUCCACGGCUACGCCAAGUCAGGCAACGUCUCCGGUCCCGCGGCGUACGCGAACUACGGACGCGUCGAAGAUUUCGCCGCCGGCGGGAACUUCUCCGGCGCCGUAGCGGUCGCGAGGUACGGGAAGAUUUACAGAGGAGACAUAGUGAGGAACGCGUACGAGGCGGGAGCCGUAGGAGUUGUGAUAUACACAGACAAGCGAGAUUACGGAGGAGAGGAGUGUUUUCCGGAGAGUAGAUGGAUGCCGCCGAGUGGUGUUCAAGUGGGUACUGUUUACAAUGGGCUGGGUGAUCCGACGACUCCCGGGUGGGCUAGCGUUAAUGGGUGUGAGAGGUUGUCGGAGGAGGAUGUGGAGCUGAGUGGUGAUGCUCCGGGUAUACCUUCGCUGCCUAUAUCUGCUGCUGAUGCGGAAGUGAUCUUGAAGACUGUUGGGCCUGGGCCUGGGCCUGGGCCUGGGAUCUUGAACCUGAGCUACGUUGGGAGAAGUGUUAUAGCUGAGAUUGAGAAUGUUAUUGGAGUCAUUGAAGGUGAAGAAGAGCCUGAUAGAUAUGUGAUUCUUGGAAACCAUCGAGACGCUUGGACUUUUGGAGCUGUUGAUCCCAACAGUGGGACAGCUGUUCUUUUGGAGAUUGCACAAAGACUAGAUAAGCUUCAAAAGAGAGGAUGGAAGCCUAGACGAACGAUUAUUCUGUGCAAUUGGGAUGCUGAGGAGUAUGCUCUGAUUGGUUCAACAGAAUGGGUAGAAGAAAAUAGAGAGAUGCUAGCUUCAAGAGCAGUGGCCUACUUGAAUGUAGAUUGUGCGGUAUCCGGCCCAGGGUUUCGUGUUUCUGCGACUCCACAACUCGAUGACUUGAUAAAACAAGCGGCUAAAGAGGUCCAGGAUCCAGAUAACACAACACAAACCGUCUAUGAAUCGUGGAUAGGAUCAAGCAACUCUGAUGAGAUAGGAAGAUUAGGAGGUGGAGGGUCGGAUUACGCAUCGUUUGUGCAGCAUGUAGGUGUUCCAGCAGUUGACAUGCUUUUCGGAGGAGGGUAUCCAGUCUAUCACUCUAUGUAUGAUGACUUCACUUGGAUGGAAAAAUUUGGAGACCCUAUGUUCCAAAGACAUGUCGCAAUAGCAAGUGUUCUAGGUUUGGUCGCUCUUCGGUUAGCAGAUGAUGAGUUCUUACCUUUCAACUAUACCUCCUAUGCAUCAGAACUCAAGAAAAGUGCAGAAGAUUUGGAGAAGGAGAAGUUAGGCCAUGGCAUAGAUUUGUCUCCGUUAAUCAAAUCAAUCCAAGAUCUAUAUACAGCUGCACAAGAGAUCAAUAUAGAGAAAGAGGAGGGGGUAAAGGGAGCUUUGAGAGUGAGAGAGGUGAACGACAGAUUAAUGAUGGCGGAGAGAGCUUUGACAGACAGAGACGGACUCUCUGAAAGACCGUGGUACAAGCAUUUGGUAUACGGACCAUCCAAGUACGAUGACUAUGGGUCCAAAUCGUUUCCUGGAGUUGAUGAUGCAAUAGACAACGCAAAGAGAGUAAACACCAAAGCUUCUUGGGAACACGUUCAACACGAGGUAUGGAGAGUUUCUAGAGCUAUAAGACAUGCAUCACUUGUCUUGAGAGGUGAAUUGAGAUGAUGAUGAUUUCAAGAAGGCUACUGGUGCUACUACUAUCACAAUGUGUAAACAAUAAUAAUAUAACACUAGAUUUUGACCCGCGCUUUUGAAGCGCGGGAUAUUUUACGAUGAAAAAUUUUAUUAAUAAUUUAACAAAUAUUUUGGUUAUUUUUAAA